UCAAAGGCACUCACGUUCAACAACACAAAGCUCUUACGUGUUCCCACUUUCUCUCUCUCCAUUCUCACCCCACAAUUUAAGAACAACUUUGCGGGAUCUGCAAUCCUUAAAACUCAACCAACACUCUUCGAAUCUCGAAUCUCAACCUACUUCUUCAUCUUCUCUAUACCCCCAUCAAACCCAAGAUGAAGAAGUCCGGCCUCUUCGCUGCCUCCGUCGCCGCUGCUUCUGCCGCCGUCUCCUCUUCCAACAACCACCAGGACGGUAUGGCUGAGAGAGGUCACCAGAGUUCUUCUUCCACGAAGGCUAAUUCGUCUUCGUCAGAGAAAUUCGCGCCGAGAUUCGACGGGUUGCGCUUCAUUGAAACUCUCGUAACUGCUCACAGAUGAAGGGAAAAAAAGUGUACUUCACAAUUAAAUUCUCUCUUCCUUCUUUGGGAGCUUGUUCCUCCUCUGUUUUUUUUUUUUUUUCUGUGUUACUUGUUAUUUAGACAAGUAUUAAUGAUUAAUGAUUCAUCUGUGGGAAAAUAUUUCAACCUUUUUACUGUUUUAUUUCCCGUAGGAGUUUAUUUUUAUUAGGAGUCUUUUGGAGAAGGUUAAAAAGGAAAAAAAAUUGUGUAAUUUAAAUUUUUAAUGUCACGGGAUUAUUUGAUGAUUAUGCUCUCGUGGUGCUAAUUCUGACCUUA